AUGUCUACCUUCGCCAACCACUCGACCAAUGAGAGCAGCGGGCACAACUGGCGCUGUCAAUUCAAGGAGGACUUCAAGUACAUCCUGCUUCCUGUCAGCUACACUCUGGUCUUCGUGAUUGGCCUAGGCCUAAACGUCACGGCCAUGUACGUGAUCCUGUUCCGUACGAAGCGCUGGAAUCCCUCCACUGUGUACAUGUUCAACCUGACAGUGUGUGACACCCUCUACAUCCUUACCCUACCCUUCUUAAUCUACUACUACGCAGACGAGAACGACUGGCCCUUCAGUGAUUCGUUCUGCAAACUCAUCCGCUUCCUGUUCUACGCUAACCUCUAUGGUUCCAUCCUGUUCCUGUGCUGCAUCAGCCUGCACCGCUUCCUGGGCGUGUGUUACCCGAUGAGGUCACUGAGCUGGGUGAGCGCCCGGAGAGCCCGCCUGGUGUCUGUGGCGGUGUGGGCGUGUGUGUUGAUGUGCCAGGCUCCCGUGCUCUAUUUCUCACGCACCAGGGACAAUGGGACGGAGAGGGUGUGUUUCGACACGUCCAGUCCAGAGUUAUUUCAUGACUUCCUGGUGUACAGCUCGGUGGUGUCUGUGCUGAUGUUUGCCUUCCCCUUCAUGGUGGUGAUGGUGUGUUAUGGACUGAUGGUGAGGAAGCUUCUGGAGCCCAGCUGGGGGGCAGGAGGGAGCCAGUCGAGGGGAGCGGGGGGGCUCGCUGCUCAUCGCUCCAAACAGAAGUCUGUGAAGAUGAUCAUCAUCGUGUUAGCAGUGUUCAUGCUGUGUUUUCUACCCUUCCACCUGACCAGAAGCCUGUACUACUCCCUCAGAUACCUGGAGCAGAUGGACCCCUCCCAGGUACAGUACCACAACCACUGGAAUACUACGCUUUUAAAGGCUCUGCCUGGCUCUCCCUUUCACCCAAGGUGCAGGAGCCUGGCUCCAGGUAGCUCUCCUUUUCACCCAAGGUACAUGAGCCUGGCUCCAGGUAGCUCUCCUUUUCACCCAAGGUGCAUGAGCCUGGCUCCAGGUAGCUCAACCUUUCACCCAAGGUGCAGGAGCCUGGCUCCAGGUAGCUCAACCUUUCACCCAAGGUGCAGGGGCCUGGCUCCAGGUAGCUCAACCUUUCACCCAAGGUGCAGGAGCCUGGCUCCAGGUAGCUCAACCUUUCACCCAAGGUGCAGGAGCCUGGCUCCAGGUAGCUCAGGCUCAAUUUAACCACAGCUAUUAUGAUUGUUGUUGUUGAUAUUGUCAUUAUCCUUGUAUAGGCUGGGAUUAAAAGGUAACUAACAUGUAAAUGUCAUUGCCAUAUCGAGACGACAUCUGCAGCAUUUAACUUGAAUGUGAUCUCCGCGAGCGCGGUAACAUUGCCUCACGAUUGGCACGUGAAUGAAUCUAAGAUAACUCAAGAAAUCUGUAAUCUAUGCCACAUAGGUCGUUUUCAAAGGGAUUCACUGUUUUUUAAAGGCAGUCGCUCUUUAAAAGGCACAUUGUCAACAGAAUUAUACGGAUUGAAUCCCAACCUUAAUCUUCAAAUAAUUUUUGUUUUUAUUCAUCCCCAGGUGAGCUGUGAGCUGCUGAAGGCAUCCAGUCUGGCCUAUAAGGUGACACGCCCCCUGGCCAGCGCCAACAGCUGUGUGGAUCCCAUCCUCUACUUCAUGGCUGGACAGGGUUUCCGUAGCAAUCUCACUAACAGAAGCAGGACAUCACCAAGGAAACCAGGAAGUGUGACGGUGGCCCUCUCGACGCAGCUCUGA